AUGGCCGAUACCCUCCUGGCGCGGCUGGACCGCUGGGGCGCCGAGCAGCCCGAGAAGACGGUCUACGCCUUUGCUGACGACAAUGGCAUCAUCACGGCCUCGUUGACGUACAAGGAACUGGACGAACGUACGCUCAACCUCGCCCGCUGGAUGCGUGCACCGGCGUCGUCCAAAGGCAUGGGUCUCUUGCCGGACGAGAAGGUGCUGCUCGUGUAUCCGCCGGGCCUUGACUUUAUCGUGGCCUUUCUUGCGUGCUUGCGCGCUGGCGUCGUUGCCGUGCCCGUCUACCCUCCAGACCCGCGCAAGCUGCGCAAGGACAUUGUCAUGUUUACGACCGUGUGUUCGAACGCCGGCGCCAAGACCGCUCUCACGUGCGCGAGCUACAACCACGUCAAGAAGAUUCUCGACAUCAAGCAAAAAAUGACGUUCUCGGAGCGCUACCCAUGGCCCGACCUCGAUUGGGUCGAGACGGACCGGCUCAUCCACGCGCCUGCGCCGAGCUCGAUGACGCUUGCAGCGCCGAGCGCCGACGCCAUUGCGUUUCUGCAAUACACGUCCGGAUCGACGUCCGAUCCCAAGGGCGUCAUGAUCUCGCACGGCAAUCUCACGAGUAACUUGCAUCUGAUUGUUGACGCGCUCGCGGCGCGCCAGGACGCGGUCGUUGUCUCGUGGCUUCCGCAGUACCAUGACAUGGGGCUCAUCGGCGCCUACUUGGGCAUCCUCUUCUCGGGCGGCAACGGCGUCUACCUCUCGCCCUUUUCGUUCAUCAAGAACCCGUCCCUUUGGAUUGCGCUCAUCGCCAAGCACAAGGCAACGCAUCUCCAGGCGCCCAACUUUGCUUACGCCCUCUGCGCGCGCAAGUUCCAAUCGCCGUCGCCCACUCUCGACCUCUCGAGCGUCCGCCACAUGAUCAACGGCGCCGAGCCCGUCGAUGUCCACGCGAUCGACGCGUUCUAUGCGACGUUUUCGCCGUUGGGGCUGCCGCGCGGCGUCAUUCGACCGACGUACGGGCUCGCCGAACACACGGUGUACGUGUGUGACUCGCCGCCAACGCUCACGCACCUCCGCGUCGUCAAAUCGGUGCUCGAGUCGGAGGACAAGAUGGAGAAGGCGACGGCGGCGACGCCCGCCAACGACGUCAAGGACAUGGUCGGGUGCGGCGAACCAUCCGUCGACGUGCGGAUUGUCAACGCCGACACACGCCGGACGCAGCCCGACGGCCUCGUCGGUGAGAUCUGGAUCCGCAGCUCGUCGACGACGCAAGGCUACUUCAACUUGCCGGCGCUCACGCAAGAGAUGUUUCACGCGUCGCUCGCAGACGCUCCUGAU